AUGUCCUCUACCAAACUGAUGGACGCCUAUGUUGAUGAGCGCCCUGUGAUCAGCAUCGUCUACAGGAGAGUCAUCCAUCCUCUCAAUAGCUGUCGCAAGCAGAUUCCAACGCGUCUCUUCACGAUCGCUGUCCACGAUCUGUUCUCCACGGACGACUGCGUACUCAACACUGCGAAAAUAGCACACAUGCGAAUGAGCAGGUGUCUCUUCGUCUCCGGCUGCGCCAGCUUUGGGCUGGCCGUCAACACGGACAAAACGGCGGUCGUACAUCAACCGCCGCCAAACGCUCCAUACAAUUUUUCUCACGUCUACGUCAACGGCCUUCAACUGAAGACCGUGGACAGCUUCGUCCCUUUGGGCAGCGCACUCUCACGGUGCAUCAAAAUCGAUGACGAAAUGUCUGAUUGGAUAUCAAUAGCCAGCCAGACCUCCGGUCGGCUGCAGAAUGAAGUGUGGAAUGGCCAUGGUCCCUACCCCAACACCAGUCUCAAGACGUACAAAUCUGACAUUUUGACAAUGCUGAUGAGUGGAGCGGAGACCUUGACAGUCCACUAG